CCGUAAACAGGUUUGCACCUUUUGCGCGCCGCGCGCCUGGUGGCGCCGGUGGCGCCGCUUGCGUUCGAUAAAUGGCGGGAACGACGUUCGCGCUGGUGCCCCAACUCGCGGGCACGCGCCCCCUCAUCCGGCUCCCGGCGUCGGGUGAGGUCACGGUCGGACGCAGUGCCGGGGCCCAAAUCCAGCUGAACGCGGCGUUCAUCUCGCGGCGACACGCGAGGCUGAUCGCCGAGGCGGGUCGCGCCUACGUCGUGCCGCUGUGCCGCGACGACAAGCUCGUCACGGUCAACGGCGUGCCGGCGGCGCGCGGCGCGCGCGUCGAGCUGCGGGCCGGCGACGCGGUGAGUUUCGUCAAGGAGGAGGCAGACUUUGCGUAUCGCGUCGAGCGGCGCGCGCCGCCGGCGGCCAACGAGGGCCAGACGGCGUCGGGGACGAAGCGGCCGCGCGCCGCGUCCGACGGCGACGUCGAGGCCGACUACGAGUGCUGCAUCUGCUCGGGCGUCAUCGCCGCGUGCCACUGCCUGCCGUGCGGCCACGCGGCCUGCGGCGAGUGCCUCGUCCGGUGGCUCGCCACGAAGCGCGAGUGUCCGGAGUGCCGCGCGGCCGUGCCGCCGCUCGCGGUCCUCGCGCCCGUCCACAUCGUCGACAACGCCAUCGAGGCGAGGAUCGGCGCCGUGCGUGCCGCCGAACGCGAGGACUGGGAGGCACGGCGAUCGCGCUGGCGUCGGACGCGGCCCGACGGGCCCCUGCGCGCGCCGCCGUCGCCCGCCGAGCGGGGGCCGCGUCCACGCGCGCCGCCCCCCCGUGCGAGCACCGCGGCGCCGCCGCGCGCGCGGCGCCGCCGCAACGCAAUUCCGCCAGUCGCCGACAUACGCGCUCUCCUCGCGGGUCGGCGCCGCGCAGCCGCCGUGACAGACCUCACCGAACCCGAAAUCAUUUCAAUCGACGACUAA